UUCUAGCGGUGGCCGUCUGCUUCCUUGUACGCUUUUCCCAUAUAAUAUGGGUAGUGGUCCCUUCCCCUCGAAAAAAAGAAAGCCUCUGCAAUUUUCCCUCCCAUUCUUCUUCCAAAAGAAAAUCUGCCUUCUUCUCCUCUAGAUUAUAGUUUUAUGUAAAUGCCGCUAUCUCAUAUUUGGAUAAAUUGAGAGAAACCCAUUUCUUUCUGUAGCCCAGCAGCAAGAAUCACUAUCUUGGUCGUGGGGUUUAGUUGUUGUUGAAGCACUAGUUUCUGUAUCAAUGGAAAGUGCUGAUCUUUAUAGAGCGAGUAGCAGUUUCAGAAGAGGCAGUUCUUUGGCUCGGAGAAACAAUGGUUUGGAAAUUUUUACACAAUCUUUUCGAGAAGAAGAUGAUGAAGAGUCUUUAAAAUGGGCUGCACUAGAGAAAUUGCCUACCUAUGAUCGUUUGAGGAAAGGUAUAUUAACUACGAUGACUGGCGAAGCCAGUGAAAUUGAUGUACACAGUCUUGGGUUCCAAGAAAGGAAGAAUUUGCUUGAGCGAUUGGUGAGAGUAGCGGAUGAGGAUAAUGAGAAGUUCUUGUUGAAGCUCAAGAAUCGUAUCGAUCGAGUUGGAAUUGAUAUCCCCACAAUUGAAGUCCGGUUUGAGCAUCUAACAGUUGAAGCAGAAGUCUAUGAAGGAAGCAGAGCUUUGCCUACAUUCUUUAACUAUUUUUUUAACAAGCUAGAGGGUCUCUUGAAUUAUUUCCAUAUUCUUUCAAGCAGAAAGAAACACCUGCAUAUCCUCAAAGAUGUGAGUGGUAUCAUCAAGCCAUCAAGAAUGACAUUACUUUUGGGUCCUCCAAGUUCUGGAAAGACCACCAUCUUGUUGGCUUUGGCUGGAAAGCUUGAUCCUACUCUAAAGGUUUCAGGGAGGGUCAGUUACAAUGGUCAUGACUUGGAUGAGUUUAUACCCCAGAGAACUGCUGCCUACAUCAGUCAACAUGAUCUUCAUAUAGGAGAAAUGACCGUAAGGGAAACUUUGGCCUUUUCUGCUAGAUGCCAAGGGGUUGGAAGCCGUUAUGAUCUGUUAGCAGAGCUAUCACGAAGAGAGAUUGCAGCAAAUAUUAAACCUGAUGCUGAUAUUGACGUCUUCAUGAAGGCAGCUGCAACAGAAGGUCAGGAGGCCAAUGUCAUCACAGAUUAUAUUCUAAAGGUUUUAGGACUGGAAAUCUGUGCAGAUACAAUGGUGGGGGAUGAAAUGUUGAGGGGAAUUUCUGGAGGACAAAGAAAACGUGUAACAACUGGUGAGAUGCUGGUUGGACCAGCAUUAGCACUGUUUAUGGAUGAGAUAUCUACUGGUUUGGACAGCUCGACAACUUACCAGAUUGUGAACUCACUGAAGCAAUAUGUUCAAAUUCUGAAGGGAACUGCUUUAAUUUCUCUACUCCAGCCAGCCCCAGAGACUUAUGAUCUCUUUGAUGACAUCAUUCUCCUUUCUGAUGGCCUGAUAGUGUACCAAGGUCAUCGUGAACAGGUGCUUCAGUUUUUUGAAUUCAUGGGCUUCCAGUGUCCUGAAAGAAAAGGUGUGGCUGACUUCUUGCAAGAAGUAACAUCAAGGAAAGAUCAGAUGCAAUAUUGGGCCCGUAAAGAUAAGCCUUACAGAUUUAUCACUGCCAAGGAAUUUGCUGAGGCAUAUGAGUCAUUCCAUGAGGGAAGAAGACUUGGAGAGGAGUUUGCAACUCCAUUUGAUAAAGCCAUGAGCCACCCAGCUGCUUUGACAACCAAAAAGUAUGGUGUGAACAAGAUGGAGCUAUGUAAAGCUUGCUUCUCGAGAGAAUUUCUACUUAUGAAGAGAAACUCAUUUUUCUAUAUCUUCAAGUUCUGUCAACUGACAAUAUUGGCAUUGAUUACAAUGACACUUUUUCUCCGGACUGAGAUGCACCGAGAUUCAGUAAUUGAUGGAGGAAUUUACGCGGGUGCUUUAUUCUUCAUCGUGAUUACGGUAUUGUUCAAUGGCUUGGCAGAAAUUUCCAUGACCAUUGCAAAGCUUCCUGUCUUCUACAAGCAAAGAGACCUCCGUUUCUAUCCUGCUUGGGCUUAUGCUCUUCCCACAUGGAUCCUUAAAAUCCCCAUCACAUUCAUAGAAGUUGGAAUUUUGGUAUUCAUGAUAUAUUAUGUCAUUGGAUUUGAUCCAAAUGUUGGAAGGUUGUUUAGGCAUUACCUUGUGCUCUUAAUUGUUAACCAGAUGGCUUCUGGAUUAUUCCGAUUUAUUGCUGCAGUGGGCAGGAACAUGAUUAUAGCCAACACCUUUGGUGCAUUCAUACUGCUGCUGCUUUUCGUUUUGGGUGGAUUUAUCUUGUCACGAGAUGACAUAAAGAAAUGGUGGUUAUGGGGUUACUGGGCAUCCCCACUGAUGUAUGGGCAAAAUGCAAUUGUAGUUAAUGAAUUCCUUGGACAUAGUUGGAGUCAUGUUCUCCAAAAUUCAACAGAACCAUUAGGAGUUCAAGUUUUAAAAUCUCGUGGGUUCUUCACAGAAGCAUAUUGGUACUGGCUAGGACUAGGGGCACUGUGCGGAUUCACAUUAUUAUUCAACUUCUUAUACACUGCGGCUCUCACUUUUCUCAAUGAAUUUAGCAAUCCUCAGGCUGUUACUUCAAAAGAACCUGAAGAAAAUGAAACUGGUGGAAUGGAAGAUGGUAUUCAUUUGAGUUGCCAUAGGAGUAGCUUUAAUCAACAAACAAACACAGACUGUGGAUAUGAAAUUAGAAGAGGGAAGUCACCCAGGUCUUCACAGAACAACCACAAAAAAGGAAUGGUUCUUCCAUUUGAACCACAUUCCAUUACAUUUGAUGAAAUUAUAUACUCUAUUGACAUGCCACAGGCAAUGAAAAAUGAGGGUGUCAAUGAAGACAAACUGGUACUUUUGAAGGGCGUGAGUGGUGCUUUUAGGCCUGGUGUUCUCACUGCUCUAAUGGGUGUUAGUGGUGCUGGUAAAACAACUCUGAUGGAUGUGCUAGCCGGUAGGAAAACUGGAGGAUAUAUUGAGGGGAGUAUCACAAUUUCUGGUUACCCAAAGAAGCAAGAAACAUUUGCCCGAAUUUCUGGAUAUUGUGAGCAAAAUGACAUCCACUCUCCUCAUAUUACUGUUUAUGAGUCGCUGCUCUUCUCUGCUUGGCUGCGUCUACCUGAUGAAGUAGACAUUGAAACCAGAAAGAUGUUCAUUGAGGAAGUCAUGGAGCUUGUGGAACUGAAUACACUGAGGCAAGCAUUAGUUGGGUUGCCUGGUGUAAAUGGUCUGUCAACUGAGCAACGCAAGCGUCUAACCAUUGCGGUUGAGCUAGUGGCAAACCCCUCAAUCAUUUUUAUGGAUGAGCCAACUUCAGGGCUAGAUGCAAGAGCUGCAGCAAUAGUUAUUAGAGCAGUUAGAAACACAGUGGAUACUGGAAGAACAGUUGUCUGCACCAUCCAUCAGCCAAGCAUUGACAUAUUUGAAGCUUUUGAUGAGCUAUUCCUAUUGAAGCGAGGAGGACAAGAGAUAUAUGUAGGGCCAUUGGGUCAAUAUUCUUGCCAUCUAAUUAAGUAUUUUGAGGGAAUUGAAGGAGUCAACAAAAUCAAAGAUGGUUAUAAUCCAGCAACUUGGAUGUUGGAAGUUACCUCUUCAACACAAGAAAUAGCUUUAGGGGUUGAUUUUGCUGAUAUCUACAGAAAUUCAGAGUUGUACAGGAGAAACAAAGCUCUUAUUAAGGAUUUAAGCAAGCCUGCUCCUGGUUCAAAGGACCUCUAUUUUCCUAAUCAAUAUUCAGAGUCAUUUUUCGUUCAAUUUUUGGCAUGCUUAUGGAAACAACGUCUGUCAUAUUGGCGUAAUCCACCAUACACUGCUGUCAGAUUUCUCUUUACAACCUUCAUAGGCUUGAUCUUCGGAACAAUGUUCUGGGAUCUUGGCUCCAAAAUGACAAAGCAACAAGAUCUUUUUAAUGCAAUGGGUUCAAUGUACGCUGCAGUUCUAUUCCUUGGCAUUCAAAAUGCAUCAUCUGUGCAGCCAGUGGUAGCUAUUGAACGAACAGUGUUCUAUAGAGAGAGAGCUGCUGGAAUGUACUCAGCCUUGCCAUAUGCCUUUGGACAGGUUGUGAUUGAACUUCCAUAUAUUUUUGUGCAAGCUGCAGUAUAUGGUGUUUUAGUCUAUGCAAUGAUUGGAUUUGAAUGGACUGUCUCUAAGUUCUUUUGGUAUUUAUAUUUCAUGUACUUCACAUUAUUAUACUUCACCUUCUAUGGCAUGAUGACUGUGGGUGUAUCACCAAACCACCACAUCUCGUCUAUAAUUUCUUCCGCAUUUUAUGCAAUAUGGAACCUAUUUUCCGGAUUCAUAAUCCCAAGAACAAGGAUGCCGGCAUGGUGUUCAUGGUACUAUUGGAUAUGUCCAGUAGCUUGGACCUUAUACGGAUUGGUUACAUCACAGUUUGGAGAUAUAAAGGAGACGCUUGAAAUAGGUGAAACAGUGGAACAUUUCGUGGCGGAUUAUUUCGGUUUCAAACAUGAUUUCCUGGGAUUAGUUGCAGCUGUGAUUUUUGGAUUUGCCAUACUUUUUGCAUUUACUUUUGCAGUUUCUGUUAAGCUGUUUAAUUUCCAGAGUCGAUGAAAAUCUGCUCUGAUGUUGUAUAUUAUAGGCUAACUUGUCAAGUUCUUUUACCCCUUUCCAAUCACAUUCAGCAAAAAUCUUGUUAUGUGUUGGAAAUUAAAUAAAUUCAAAUCAAAAGGUCUAAAUUAAUUCGAUCAAUAA